AUGCAAGCGUCCGUUUGCGAAAUCAUCGAUGAAGAUCCAGUCUCGGCUUUGAGAAAGACAGAACCAACGAGGGCCGUGGAAGGAGUCGCUCCGCACCGUUUCACCUUGUGCCAUGGCACUAACGGCCGUCUCCUUUUCAAACUCGAACUCAGCCAUGCACUGGUUGAUGGUACAUCCAUGCAAAUCAUCCUAAGGGACAUCAAACUUGCGUUCAGCGGGCAACUUAGUCAGAUGUUGCCAUCGCUGCCUUAUAGUGAUUAUGUGGCUUUCCUCCAACAGCAACGGAAAAGAACUUCCCUGGAAUAUUGGAAAGGAUAUCUACAGGGCAUCCAGCCAUGCCAAUUUCCAAUACUUGAUGAUGGCCGUCCCCAGGUCCACCAGUGGAAGACAGUCAUAAUGAAUGUGCCGGAAGCGACUCAGUCUGUUAUACGCCAGUUCUCAGACACGCACGGCAUGACUCUCGCGAAUACCGUGCAAGCUGCUUGGGCAAUAGUUCUGCGGACCUUCACAAACAACAACAGUGUCGCUUAUGGAUAUCUGACAUCCGGUCGCGAUGCUCCAAUUCUGGGCAUUGAAGAUGCCGUAGGCCCAUAUAUCAACAUGCUGGUUUGCAGGAUGGAAUUUAACCACUCGAACUCUGCGCUGGAUACUCUACAGAUCAUUCAAGACGACUACCUGCGAGGUAUUCCUCAUCAAUACGUCUCACUUGGUGAAAUCCAACGUGCUAUUGGAAUGUCGGGCCAGGCUCUUUUCAAUACGGCCAUUUCCUUCCAAAGGCGACCCUCUCCAACCGAAUUGACGAAACUUUCCCUGACUUCCGUCUACGAAUAUGAUCCGUCGGAAUUUGACAUCGCAGUAAACGUCCUCAUGGACGCUGGAGGAACAGAAAUCCAUCUCACCCACCAGACUUCCAGAAUAUCAAGUGGACAAGCCACCAACAUCGCCAGUGUCUACCGAACCAUAAUUGCCUCUCUUUUAGAAAGUCCACAAACCUUGGUACCAGAUCUAAACGUGAUGAGCACCGAAAGCAAACACCAUCUGCAACAGUGGACUGCUAACAUACCUCCCACAAUCAAUUCAUGCAUCCACGAUGUGAUAUCGGAGCAAGCGCGCAAUACACCAAAUGCCCCUGCACUUCACUCUUGGGAAGGUGACUAUACCUAUGCUGAGCUGGACUGUGCCUCAACUCGGUUGGCACAACAGUUAUCUAGCUACGGGAUAAAACCGGAUGACUGCAUCCCACUUUGCUUUGAGAAGUCUCUCUACACUGCCAUUACAUUGCUAGCUGUUCUCAAAACUGGCGGAGCCUUUGUACUGCUUGACCCUAAGCAUCCGCCCGACCGCCUCAAGGGGCUGUUGAAGGAUCUCAAUGCGCGGUUUAUCAUCGCUUCAGAAAGUACGCGAGAAUAUUGUGCCACUGUGAUUGAAAAGGUGGUUGUCGUAUCGCCGGCAGUUCUUGAUUCCUUGCCAGGGGGUGAUAACGGCGAAGUUUCAACGGCAGUCACACCUGCAAACAUCAUGUAUGUCCAAUUUACAUCUGGGUCCACUGGAAAACCCAAGGGUGUCGUGAUUGAGCAUUCUGCUGCAUGUUCCUCGAUCCAUUACCACGGUGCAGUGAUGGGAUUUGGUCCCACCACUCGUACGUUCCAGUUCUCCUCGUACACAUUUGACGCGGUCAUUCUCGAGAUCUUCACAACACUGUAUCAUGGUGGGUGCGUUUGCAUACCUUCAGACGAUGACCGGAUGAGCCACAUGGCAAAUGCCAUGCGAAAGAUGAAAGUCAAUAUGAUGUUUACGACCCCGACUUUGGCUCAACUGUUCAAACCAGAAGAUGUUCCUUCGUUAAAGACCCUAAUGGUUGGUGGUGAACUCAUAGGGACUGGCACCACUGAUAUCUGGGCGAAGAAAGUGAACUUGAUUGGGGCGUUUGGGCCAGCAGAGUGCACGAUCUAUUCCGCCUAUAAUCCCCUGAGCACCAACGACUUCCGGCCAGAGGUGAUUGGAUACCCCGUCGGCUCAGUGGCCUGGCUUGUGGAUCCCGACAAUCAUGACAAGCUAGUCCCAGUUGGCGCUGUAGGAGAACUCAUUGUUCAGGGACCGAUCGUUGGCAGAGGCUACCUCAAUGAUCCACAGCGCACAGGGGCAAGCUUCCUCUCGAAUACUACCUGGCUGUCGCAGUACAAUGGCAGCCGGCAGCACCGCCUGUACAAGACCGGCGACCUUGCUCGCUACAAUUCGGACGGAACACUCACCAUACUCGGACGGAAGGAUACGCAAUUCAAGCUUAACGGACAACGCAUUGAAUUCACUGAGAUUGAACACCACAUUAAGGCUCACUGUCCAGGGAUCUUGCAGGUUGCGGCUGAUGUCGUUAGUCCGGCUCACCUUGGUGGGAGGAAAUUGCUUUCAGUCUUCAUCCAUGUGGAGGAAGCGGGCAACCAGGCCCAAGAUGCAACUGGUAUUCUUUUGCCCAUGACAGAAAGCUGUCACGCGACGAUGAUUGAGAUCGAAACUGUUUUGACAAAGACUAUGCCGCCGUACAUGAUUCCCCGGCUGUGGUUUCCCAUUUCCCGGAUGCCUUUAUCGACAUCUGGAAAGACAGAACGCAAAGUGUUGAGAUCGUUAGGUGCUUCGCUCUCAGAAGCGCAAGUGACUCAGUAUGCUUUAGGAACUGGGUCCAAGCAAGAGCCUUCAACUGGGAUGGAACGCAAACUAGCAAAGCUCUGGCAGCGAAUACUCAACGUUUCUUCUAUAGGCCGGGAAGAUACAUUCUUCCGAAUAGGAGGUGAUUCCAUCAGUGCCAUGCAACUUGCCUCGGCAGCACACAAGGCAGGAAUUCAACUUACAGUGGCUGAUAUCUUCCACAAUCCCAACUUGCUUGACAUGGCUGCUAAAGUUCCCAUAUCACAGACAAAGAACAAGGUUCCUGGGUCUGGACUUGUGACGCCUUUCAGACUUUUGAAACCCGGAAUGAAUCAAUCCCAGUUCCUCAAGUCAGCCGCCGAGAAGACUAACAUUCAUUACGACUGGGUGGAAGACAUAUUUCCUUGCACACCUUUGCAAGAGGGCAUGAUGGCACUUACGACCCGGGAUGCAGGCUCCUAUGGUUGGCAAGAUGUUCUCGCACUUCCUGCUUCGAUUGAUUUGGACCGAUACCGUUCGGCAUGGCAAGCAGUAGUCGAUGAGCUAGGAAUUAUGCGCACGCGACUUGUUCAGAUGGAUCACCACGGGACCUACCAAGUUAUUAUCAAGCCCGAGCAUAGUCCAAUUGUCUGGAAGUAUGGUGAGUCGCUGGAAGCCUACCUUGGCGAAGACAAGAAACUAUCAUUUGGCUACGGGACGCCUCUGUAUCGAUUUGGCAUCGUGCACCAAGGGUCCAAAACAUAUUCUGUCUCCAGCGCCCACCACUCCAUCUUAGAUCGCUGGUCAAUUUCACUGAUGAUGGACCGCCUCUCGUCUCACUAUUUGUCACAAAAACUACCACCUACGCCGCCGUUCAACGGGUUUAUUAAAUGGAUGUGCUCUCUUGACCCGGCAGCCUCCGAUCAGUACUGGAGGUCACGUUUUGAAGGUUCAUCUGCUGUGGAAUUCCCUCGCUCUAUGCCCGGCCAUCGCUCGAGAGCCACGGCAGUUGCAAAGCACUCUAUCCCUACAUCUCCUAAGAGGGGCUCCACCAAUAUUACGGUUUCGACACUCCUCAGGGCAGCAUGGGCUGUCACCAUCAGCCAACAUACCGGCUCAGAAGAUGUGGUGUUUGGAAUGACGCAGACCGGCCGCAAUGCUCCCGUGCCCGACAUCACGGAUAUCGUGGCACCGCUCAUUACUGUCGUGCCUUUCAAUGCUGUGGUUGGGAAGCAUAUGUCAGUCGCCAAGCUUCUACAGGAAAUUCAUCAACACACCGUUGCCAUGAUUCCUCACGAGCAUGCCGGUCUUCAACAUAUUGCGAAGCUCAAUGCGGAGUGCCAGGCUGCGUCUAAAUUUCAGAAUCUACUCGUGAUCCAGUCACAACAGCAUCGGCAGCAGGCAAAGCUCCCUCUAGGUCUUGAGCGCCUCGACGUAGUAGAGAAUGAUGUUCUAUCCUACGGACUUGUCUUGGUGUGCGACCUCACUGAGAGUGCAGUCAUGCUUCAAGCUGCCUUUGACCCAAAAUUGAUAUCUCCGACAAUGAUGGACACUCUGUUGGCGCAGUUUGGGCAUUUCUUCCAGCAAGUAAAUGAUCCCCAGUCCGCUCUCAUACCCCUGCACGAUCUCCAACUGGUUGGGGACCACGACUUGCGCCAAUUGAUGGUUUGGAAUCGACCACGCAGAGCUGAGCGGGUCGACAAAUGCGCGCAUGAGCUGAUACACGAGCGCGCUUUGGUCCAACCUCUUUCUGUGGCCAUUGAUUCCGCAGAAGGUCAAUUCACAUAUGCUCGACUGGACCAGCUUUCCACUAAACUCGCUUACUAUCUUCGAGAGUAUCAUAGGGUAGGCCCCGAGAAGAUCGUUCCUCUGUUCUUCCGCAAGUCAGCCUGGGCUAUUGUCUCAAUUCUCGCCGUCAUGAAGGCGGGUGGCGCCUUUGUUUUCUUGGAUCCCUCACAUCCCAUGGAUCGUCUGAUAUUUAUUGCACAGCAAAUCAAGGCAACCCUCAUUAUCACAAUUCCAGGCCUCUCAUCAACGUGGGAGUCGACGGCCCUGAACCCCCUUCAGAUCACAGAGUCUUUCAUAGAUACACUUCCUACGCAGCAACAACUACCGGUGACUGGAGUGGAACCACACAAUGUACUAUAUGUGAUCUUCACGUCUGGUAGUACAGGAAUCCCUAAGGGCUGUGUGGUCGAGCAUGCAUCUUUCCUGAGCGGUGCUGUUCAGCACGUGCGACAGAGCAGGCUAACUCCUGACACUCGGGUCCUACAGAUGGCACCAUACACAUUUGAUGUCAGUAUCUUGGAAACACUAACGGGUCUCAUCUCUGGUGCCUGUGUCUGCCUACCGAGGACAGAGCACCAAAAUGCUCCUGUUUCCCAGAUCAUUCACAAUUUGCAAAUCACCUGGAGCUUCCUGACCCCUUCGGUCGCCCGAACAAUCAACCCCAAAGACUGUCCCAGUCUGAAAACACUCAUUCUCGGCGGAGAGUCACUAUCACGCGUGGAUAUAGAGACAUGGGCCAGCCAUGUCCAUCUGGGCAAUGGAUAUGGCCCCUCAGAAUGCUCCGUCGCUUGUACAGCCAACAUUAGCAUCACCGUGGAUACUGAUCCGGCCAAUAUCGGGAGCACGAUGUGCUGCAAUGCCUGGGUGGUCGAUCCGGAGAAUUACAACUCUCUCUUGCCGAUUGGGGCAGUCGGGGAACUCCUCAUUCAGGGGCCCAUUGUUGCAAGGGGAUACCUAAACGAGCCAGAGAAAACUAAGGCCGUCUUCGUCGACACUCCUGCAUGGCUUUAUCGUUUCGACUCAGGCUUGACCACGGAGAAUCGACUGUAUCUGACCGGAGACUUGGUUCGAUAUAACGAUAAUGGAACUUUGCAUUUCGUUGGUCGCAAAGACAGGCAAGUCAAACUCCGGGGUCAGCGGAUUGAGCUUGGCGAUAUUGAACAUCAUACAUCUGCCCAUCCAUCUGUGAGACAUGCUGCAGUCGAACUUCCUAUAUCCGGCAGGUACCGAGAUAGCCUAGUCGCUGUACUGUCACUGCGUGAGAUAGUCUCAACCUCUUCCGACGUGCUGGCCGACGAGCCUGUGCCAGUGUCUGGCGAACAGCUGGAUGCAGUUCGUCAAUGUAUUCCAGAUAUACGGUCAUAUUUAAUUCAGCAGCUUCCUGGAUAUAUGGUACCGAGCUCUUUCAUCGUGGUCGAUGAUCUUCCACUGUUGGGAUCAGGCAAGAUCAAUCGUCCCAAGAUCAAAACGUGGCUAGAUAAAAUGAGCAUCGAGAUGCAGGAGCAGAUCGCAGCCCAGGUGGACAUCCCGGCGACCCAUACCGCAUCAUUAAUACCUAAUGAUCAGACCAUUGCUCAUAUCUUGAGCAAAAAGAUUACGCAGCUCCUCGCGAAGGAUGAUGAGGAAUAUACGCUGGCCAUUCGCAACCGAGACAUCGCACUGGCGCCGGCAGGAUUGAACUCCAUCAGUGCUGUCUCUCUUGCGGCCUACAUCAAAAAGGAAUUUGAUGUCCGGAUCUCGAUUGACAACCUGCUAGAAGUAUCCAUGACCGUAUGUGGUAUCGCCCGUAUGAUAGACAGUGCCAGAGAUGACUCUGCUGCUACCAACACGUCUUCUGCCUUGGAUUUAUCUUUCGAGAUUGAGAGGGCACUUGCUGAUUUUAACCAAAAAGCCGCUUCGAAACCACUGCAAAUUCCCCAGUUACCUAUGACCCAGCCUCCUAAAACUAUCUUGUUGACCGGCGCUACUGGGUUCCUGGGCAGUCAAAUUCUCAGGCAUCUGCUAGAGCUACCACACAUAAAACGAGUUAUUACCCUUGUGCGUGCACCGGAUCAUAACAAAGCUACUACCAGAGUCAUUGAAUCCGCUCAGAAAAGCAAAUGGUGGCACGAUAGCUAUUCCAGCCGUUUGGAAGUGUGGGUUGGCGACUUGUCGAGGCCUGAUCUGGGACUGAAUGCCGCUCAAUGGUGCUGUAUCGAGGCUCUGUCAGAGUCGUCUUCUUCCAUCGACGCAAUUAUCCACAAUGGAGCCACCGUCCACUGGGGAUAUGACUAUCAGGGGCUUGAAGCUGUCAAUGUCACCAGCACCGUAUCUCUCCUGGCCUCUCUCACCCGGUCCCCAAGACCACCACGUUUCACAUUCAUUUCGGGUGGCCAGCUCUUCUUCGGAGCUGACGAUAACCACGACGAAGUACGGGCGUACGCCCAGAUGAUGAAGACAGCCGGUGGAUACGCGCAAACCAAGUACGUGGCCGAUCAGGUCGUGAAGGAGUUUGCUCGGAGAUACACCACAUCAAUUGCAACAAUUGUUAAACCGGGCUUGAUCGUCGGUACUACGGAGUCCGGGGUGUCAAAUACAGAUGACUUCUUGUGGCGAGUUGUGGCAAGUGUGGUUGACAUUGGUGCAUUCAACAGUACAGGACUAGACGGACUUAUUCUGGUUUCUGGUUCCCACCAGGUUGCUACCGCCAUUUUGGCAGAUGUUCUUCAUCCUCAGCCACACGGGCAUAGUGUGGAAACUACCAUUCGAUAUGGUAUCCCUGUCGGGGAGCUAUGGGACAUGUUACGUGAUGAUUUCGGCUACCAGCUAGAAGCCGUUGAUGCCACAGAGUGGCUGGUCCGGUUAAGAAGGCAAGUGGAAACGAGCGGUGAGAAGCAUCGCCUGUGGCCAGUUUUCCAUCUGCUGGAAGCUACUGGCGGGCGCUUGGGCGUCCCUAUGCCAGCCCAUCUGCGGCAGGAUGAGCACAACGAUGAAGUGAAGGCUUCUCUCAGGAGAAGUAUUGCCUAUUUGAGGGAAGUUGGGUACCUAUUGAGUGCCAAUUCUGCCAAUGGAGGGUCUUCUUUGCUUUUGCAAAAAGACCUUGUCUUCGCCCGCGCCGGUGGAAGCACCCGCACAUGA